GGGUAGUAGCAAUAAAAUUUGAUUUCAAAGCUGGCAGAUAUACGUUUACUUCUUUAAUGUAUAUUUUAACAGACGAGUACUCUUUUCCUGCUAAAGCAUAGCUCGUAGGUAAAUAACUCUUUUUAUCUGCACUAAAGAUGCGAACUUGCAUGGUUAAAAUAGAGAUCACACCCUACAGUUAAAAAUAGUGAUUGUAAACGUUAUUUAGUAAAACGUUGACUUAAAAAAACAGACAGCUAUUCCACUUAUUUAUCUCAUAUUGUCACUUUGGCUUUGUAACUUUAUACUCGUGAAAUUCUCAGGUAAACUGAACGAUGUGGAAUCUCAGGAAGUGCAAAUUGCAAAAUGUCAUGAAUUUCCCCACCUUUUUUUAUUUAAACAUCUGUUGUUUCACCUGUACAAAUUGGACAUAGUGUUUAACAUGACACAGCAUUCUUCUUAAAGGUACAAGCCUCUUUUUAAAAGAACAAAAAACCAACACUAAGCUGGGAAGUUUUAGUGUGAGGUAAAAUUCUCACUUUCGUUAUGUCUGUACGGCCACCAGUGGUUGUGUUAUUUGGGGCACUAUUCCUGCUAGGGACACUGCCCAAAGUUGAAGGCUCUUACGAAGAGGAAGCUUUACAAGCGCAUAACAACUAUCGCAGGAUCCAUGACGCCCCACCAAUGAGGCUGGACUUUGGUAUGAACCAGCAAGCAGCAGCUUAUGCUCAGCACUUAGCACGCAUGGGCUCACUGCAGCACUCGAGUUCUAGUCAGAGGCCAGGGCAGGGUGAGAAUAUCGCCAUGGCAUGUGGGUCUGGAGGCCUGUCCGCGCAAAGAGCUGUUGAUAUGUGGUACAAAGAGGUUUGCCAGUACAACUUUAACAAUCCUGGAUUUGGAUAUGGUACAGGGCACUUCACGCAGGUAGUUUGGCGAAAAAGCGUGAAAUUGGGAAUGGGUUCUGCUACGUCUGGAAGAUGCACUUACGUUGUUGGCAGAUAUGGGCCCGCGGGGAAUAUGAUGAGCGACUUCAGUAACAACGUUGCAAAAGGAAGUUUUGAUAAGAGUAGUUAUUGUAACGGGGGUGGGGGGAUUUUUCAUCCCUCUUUCGAAAUGUCUGUAGGGACAUCUUUAGUUCUGUUGCUAGGGACACUGUACAUGUUAGGGAGGCUGCUUAACGUUGAAGGCUCUUUUGAAGAGGAAGCUUUACAAGCGCAUAACCAGUAUCGUAAGAUCCAUGACGCCCCACCAAUGACGCUAGACUCUAGUAUGAGCCAAGAUGCAGCAGCCUAUGCCCAACGGUUAGCGAGCAUGAACACUUUGCAACACUCGAGUUCUAAUGAUGGAGAGAAUCUCGCCAUGGCAUGUGGGUCCCAAGGCCUGUCCGCACAAAGAGCUGUCGAUAUGUGGUACGACGAAGUUUGCAAAUACAACUUUAACAACGCUGGAUUUGCAUCUGGCACAGGGCACUUCACACAAUUAGUUUGGAAAGGAAGUGAAAAACUGGGAAUAGGACAAGCCAAAUCCGGGCAAUGCACCUACGUGGUAGGAAGGUAUCGGCCAGCUGGAAAUAUGAUGGGUGACUUCGAGAAUAACGUUUUUAAGGGAAGUUUUAAUAAAGAGUUGUACUGUAAUAAGGGAAAUGGCGGUGGCGGAAAUGGACAGGGAGGUGGAGGCGGUGGGUGGGGUGGAGGCGGUGGUUGGGGUGGAACACUGUGGUGGUGGCGGUGUGGGUGA